UGCUGCUAAACCUCUUAUUUAACCCCACUGCGCAUAGACUGUUGUUUAUCAGACCAGACAAGAUUACCGUAAUCCUCAUGAUAGUAAAUAAAUUACAACAUUUGGUUCGACCACUUCAAUUAAUUUUCUAUCCCCGAAAAGUGAACACAUAAAGUCUAAGAAUGGCAAAGACUGUCUGUGUCGUUGGUGCAGGAGUUUCCGGUUUAGUUUCGGUGAAGCAGUGCCUGGAGGAAGGGUUGGAACCAAUCUGCUUCGAAAAGGACGGAGAUGUUGGAGGACUCUGGAACUACCACGAUGAACCGAGGGAUGGCUAUCCAAGCGUGUACAACUCUUGCCGUAUCAAUAACAGCAAAGAAAUGGUCUGCUACAGUGAUUUUCCAAUCCCCAAGGAGUUUCCGAACUUCAUGGGCCACAGACAUUUUAAACGAUACCUGCAAUUGUACGCCGAACACUUUGGUUUGAUGAAGCAUAUCAAGUUCAACCACGAAGUGGUUCUCGUAGAGAAAGCAGACGACUUUAAGAACAGCGGUGAUUGGAUGGUCACAACGAAAAACUUGACCUCAGGGAAAGAAGAGAAAAGAAGAGUGAACUUUGUAAUGGUUUGCAAUGGCCACCUCCAUGAACCGAACAUUCCAAAAUUCAGAGGACUUGAAAUAUUCAAGGGGAAAGUAUUGCACACACAUGACUAUAAGGACUUCCGUGGGUUCGAAGGGAAAAAGAUCCUGAUCAUAGGCAUAGGGAAUUCCGCUGCUGAUGUUGCAUCUGAACUAAGCAGGCAUGCAAAACACGUUUGCAUCAGCACACAAAGGGGGACCUGGGUGGUACAGCGGGCCGCGAAGCAGGGUCGUCCAUUCGACCACCUCGCAGUUACUCGCUUCCGACAGGGGAUUCCUUGGCCCUAUCUUCGUCCGUUCAUGUAUCACGGCAUUAACAACCGCUACAGCCAUUCCAAGUAUGGACUUUCACCCAACACAUCAUUCAAUGGGGGAUCAGUUACCAUAAGUGACGAUCUGCCGAACCGUAUCCUCUUGGGUUCGGUGAAUAUGAAAACGGAAGUCGAAAAGUUCACAGAAAAUGGCGCGGUGUUUGUUGAUGGCACGGAACUUAACGACAUCGACGUGGUUAUUUUGGCGACCGGAUUUAACUACAGUUUUCAUUUCAUCCAAAAAGGCGUCAUAAGAAAAGAAAGAGAGUUUCCUCUUCUUUACGAUCUUGUGUGGCCCGCCGAUCUGGAGCCAGCUACUCUUGCCAUUAUUGGUCUCGUACAACCUUUUGGAGGUCUCCCUCCAGUUAAUGAAAUGCAAUCGAGAUGGGCCACUCGAGUGUUCAGUGGAAACUGCAAGCUGCCAAGUGCUUUGAAAAGAUUAAAGAUGGUGGAAGAACUCAACGCGAGACUAAAAUCCAAAGGCAUCGUUUCUGCGAAGAGCAUUAUCACCGUAUUCUUUAUCCAAUACGUCGACAAGAUUGCUCAGUACAUCGGCUGCAAACCCAAUCUGUGGAAAUUCUUUUUCACGGAUAAUGCUUUGUGGAGAAGGCUGGUCUUUGGGCCCUGCACCCCUUCUCAAUGGCGCCUUGAAGGGUUCGGGAAAUGGGAGGGUGCCAAAAACGCAAUCGAGCACGUGGAUGAUCGUACGUGGUAUCCAAUGCAAUCCCGUGAGGCGGGUAAACGCGAACAAGAAGGAAUAUAUGACGGAUAUGUGUCUCUUCUUAAAAAUGUUCUUUUGCUGAUCGCAGUCUUCUUUCUAUUGAGAUUUUUGUUUGUUAAUGUUUUAACGACUUUUCUGGUCAAGUUUUAAAAACGUUGUAAUCAUUUAUUGUCCAAUUUUCUGUUUUUGUGAGCUAUGGACUUUGCAUACUGUAUUAAUCAAUAAACCUG